CCCCAUUCCCUCCUCGAGGAGAUCAACGGAGAAAGCAACUCCGCGUACAAACAUAAGCACAAAGGAAGGCAGCGGCUAUCACGCAAAGAGGCCCGAAAAGAGGCCAGGGAAAGUCGCAAGCAGCGCAAGGCAGUAUACUUCUCCGCUGCCCCUUCAACCAAGCCCCACCAGCAUGGAAAGAGGCAUGCAGAGGCAGAACACGUCGAGUCCCCUCAGCGCAAGAAGGCCAAGCUAGAGACCGCUCAGUCUUCGGCUUCGCAUCCUACUUCGACCGUCGCCGGCACGAAACCCCCCAAGGAUGUCGCUACAAGAUCCAGCCUGAAAAUAAAGAAGGUCAAGACCCCUCUUGAGAAAUUGGCGGAGCGUGCAGAGGCACCGAAAGCCCUGAAACGAGCUCAUAAGGCACCACUCAAUGCCAUUCUUUGGACACCUCAGGAGGAGCAGGAGGAUGCUUAUAUUGCCUAUCUAGAGCGCAAACUUGGUUGGGUGAAGGGAGGAAAGCGCACCACACAAUACGGCAGAGGCGAAGAAGAGGACGGUUUAGAUGAUCUCCUCAACGGCUUGGAUGAAUUUGAGUCGUCAUUACCGGCAUACCAGCAUGACGAAGUCUCAGAAGGAUAUCAUUCCGAAGAGGGAUCUGGUGAAGAAGGCUCCACGCUCGAGGAUAGCGCAGACGAGGACGAGUUGAUGGUUGAAAGCACGGACGGGGACGACGACGAUGAGCAGAAGCCGGAUGAAGCUGAGGAGUGGCAUGGUAUCGGAGACGGAGGUGCCUGUGAGGACGCUGAGCAAUCAGACGAAAGCAGCUCUACUCAGCAAAUCGAGAGCCGAGCGGAGGUUCCGGAGACAUCUCAGCCUGCAUCAUCCGGUUCCAAAUAUGUUCCUCCGCAUCUUCGUAAACGUGCGGAGAUCGAAACCGGGCAGAUAUCUGAAGCUCAGCUUAAGUUGACGAGACAACUCAAAGGUCUUCUCAAUCGGAUGAGCGAGCAGAACAUAGCGACCAUCGUAGAUGGCGUUGAAGAAGUGUACCGGAAUAACCGUAGACAUGAUGUCACGGAAACUUUGACGAAGCUCAUCACCGAGGGGAUCUCCUCGCACUCUAUACUCCUCGACCAAUACGUCGUCUUGCAUGCGGCGUUCGUCUCGGCUCUCCACAAACUAAUCGGAAUUGAGUUUGCGGCAUUCUUCGUUCAGCACAUAGUGUCUUCUUAUGAUACACACUUCGCUGCGCUGAGCGACAAGGGCGAUGUUCCUGCGGAUCUCUCCACUAGCGAUGAGCCCAUCGGCAAGGAAGCUUCCAACCUCGUGGUUCUCCUUUCGGAGCUCUACAAUUUCCAGGUCAUCUCCAGCGUCCUGAUGUACGACGUGAUUCGUGCAUUGCUAGACGGGGACCUCAGCGAGUUCAAGGUGGAGUUGUUGCUGAAAGUCGCAAGGAACUCUGGGCAGCAGUUGAGACAAGACGACCCAACUGCCCUCAAGAGCAUUAUCCAGAUAGUCCACGAGAAGCUGCCCCAGGACACGAGGGCCCUCAGCUCGCGCGUUCGCUUCAUGGUUGAGACUCUUAGCAACCUGAAGAAUAAUAAGAUCAAGAAGGCCGCUGGGCAGACAGCAGGCGGAGAGGCCGUGGAACGUAUGAAGAAGUUCUUGUCGGGUCUCAACAAGCGUCAUGUGAUGUCCCAUGAGCCUCUCAGAGUGUCGCUGGAAGACUUGCGUUCCGCAGACACUAAGGGGAAGUGGUGGCUCGUCGGUGCCGCGUGGGGCGGCGACCCGCUCGUCGAGCACAAGCAAGAAGCUCAAAGCCACGCGGCGAUUGCGCCAGCCCUAGAUGUACCGAACGAGAACGUGCUAUUGAAGCUCGCCAAGAAGCAAGGAAUGAACACGGAUAUCCGGAGAAGCAUUUUCGUUGUGCUCAUGAGCAGCGAAGACUACGUGGAUGCUUGCGAGCGGCUUUCGCAACUCAAAUUGACGGAGAUUCAGCAGCGCGAGAUCAUCCGCGUCAUCCUGCACUGCUGCGGCAACGAAAAGCAGUACAAUCCGUACUACGCCCUUGUCGGCCAGCAGCUCUGCCGCCUCUCCCACGCGCACAAGAUUACCCUCCAGUUCUGCCUCUGGGACUUCCUCCGAGAUAUGGGCGAGACGACCGUCGGCGGCGCCGAAAUCCUGAAAAAUCUCAGCGAGGACGACCGCGCGGGCUUUAACGUCAAGUCCAUCUCCCCGACACGCAUGCGCAACGUUGCGCGCGCGUUCGGUUGGUGGAUCGCCAAGGAUUGCUGCACGCUCGCGAUUCUCAAGCCCGUCGACUUCACCGUCCUCAAGCCGCAGGCGCGGACGUUCAUGCGGGAGCUGUUCGUGCACGUGCUCGCGAACACACAGCUGGCGACGCCGUUGCUCAGCUCGGAGGAACUGCCGAACACGAAGAACAAGGCGCCGUUGGAGGAAGUCUUCAUCAAGGGCUCGAAGAUCCAGUCGGUUGCACUCGGGCUGGUAUACUUUUUGCGAGAGGCGUUCAGGGGAGAGGAGGGGUUCUUGAAGUGGGCGAGCCAGGUCGCGCUGCAGACGUUGAGGACAGGAAUGGAUGUGAUUACUGUGCUAUAGAAUCUGCCCCUAUGUGUCACUACUCAUUCGCUCUCAAGAAACAAUACUAGCAUCCGAAUGGCACCCAGACAAUCAAAGUUUCCGAAAUGCGACAGUAGAAUACACAUUCCCACUGCGACCUCCGAACGAGAAGGUUGGCCACGGCACUCUGGAGUGGUACCGCAAGCCUGUUUCGGCGUUGGCGAACUUCGCCUUUAGUUCCUCUUCGGUGAAGUUGCACGAAGUAAUGAGAAAAAAGCCAUUCGGUUUGACAACCCGUCCGAUUCGCGCGGGGUACCCAUCCGCAGGAGUUCGGCCGCCUUCAUCCAUCUCCGCCAGUGCAAUCGCGUCGAACGUCCCCUUGUCCAGGACCAGAUCCCAUACUGCGACCGAGUGCUGCCCCGGAACCAUGCCCUCAAGUGGCACGACAUCGUCUUGUAGGAAAUCACACACGGCGAACGUGAUCUUGUCCGCAUCCUUUAGGGCAGAUACAGCCUCCUCAUCCUCUUCGUCCCCAUCGGCUCGCGAUGUAGCCCUUGUGCUCGCUAUAGCUUGCGCGAGCUUGAUGGCGUCUGGGCUGUAAUCGACUCCGAGAAUCUUGUUAGGGUCGUAGCCCGCUUCGCAGAGUGCGAAUAGCAAGUUCCCGUUCCCUGCCCCGACCUCGAGGAUGAAGGGGCUUGAUUCAGGAGAGACGUUCUCCAGUGCCCAGUCCACCAUCUUCUCGACACUGUCUUCUCCAAACCAUACCUCGCCCUCGUCGCCGAUCUCCUCGAAGUUCGUCAGUUCAGAAGAGUAGACAUUGUCCCAGUGCUCUUUCGUUCCGAGCUUGGAUGGCUGGAGAUCCAUCGAGGACAUCGC